CCCAUACCAAAAUUUUAGAGAAAAUGGGGAAAAGGAGCAACAAAUCACAAAUGAAAAAAUAUAACGGUAAAAUUGUUAAAAAAAAAAAAAAACAUGUGAAGGCCAAAAAUACAGUUAAGCUUUCAUUCAUCGGAGUUUGGAAAUGUCACUGACGUGAAAUUGAAGUUAAUGCAAAUUCUAACAUUUCUUUAAAGCUUACAGAUCCUAAAGUUUCAUACUGAAUUCCACUUCCUCAUCUUAUGUAAAUUGUGGUAAUUAUCGUUUUGGUCAAAGCAUGAAGAAUCAUUAACAGCAAAUACCAAAAUUCCAAACUGUCAUAAAGGUGAAUUUGGCGGUUUGGUGAUUGGAUUGGUUUGUGUUGCAUGGCGAAGGAAGAAAUUGCAAAUCAAGCUAUCAAGCAUGCUUUCAGGGCUCUGAGAAAGCGGCAUUUGAACGAAGAAGGAGCUCAUGCUGCUGCUUUUGCUGCUCUUUCUAGACCUAUUGUUUCUCAGGCCUCUGAAUGGAAAGAGAAAGCAGAGAGUCUGGAAAUGGAACUUCAGCAAUGCUACAAAGCUCAAUCCCGAGUAUCUGAGCAGCUUGUUGUGGAAAUAGCUGAAUCUAGAACUUUGAAAUCUGUGAUUCAAGAGAAAGAAACUGCAGUUGAUGAUUUGCAAAAAGAGUUGACUUCAAUGAGGGAUGAGUGCAAGCAAAUGAAAAAGGACUUAGAAGACAAAAUUAAUGCUCAUGAAAUCAUUCUAAGUGAGAAUACAGAGCUUAAAACACAAUUGGAGGAAAUGACUAUUAGAGCCAAGAGUGCUGAAAUUGAACAUAAGACAUUGGUGGAUCGCAUGAUGUUAGAAAAAAUGAAGAAUGCUGAACAACUAAAUGAGGCAAACCAACUGUAUGAUGACAUGAUCAAGCAGCUAAAGGCCAGUGGUUUAGAAAAACUUGCAAGACAGCAGAUAGAUGGCAUAGUUCGCCAAGGUGAAGAAUACGCCGAUGUCAUUUUGCAGUCAAUUGUCCCAUCCACAUGUAAACACAGGCUCCAAGCACACGAAGGUGGUUGUGCUGCCAUAUUGUUUGAGUGUAAUUCUAAUAAAUUGAUAACCGGGGGACAGGAUCGAGCAGUUAAAGUGUGGGAUACCGAUUCAGGAUCCUUAAUUUCCAAUCUUCAUGGCUGCCUUGGCUCUGUAUUAGAUCUCGCAAUCACCAACGAUAAUAGAUCUGUUAUUGCUGCUAGCAGCUCAAACAACUUGUAUGCAUGGGAUCUCAACUUGGGUCGUGUCCAUCAUACCCUUACUGGCCACACGGAUAAAGUCUGUGCCGUUGACGUCAGCAAGGUUUCCAGCCGUCACGUCGUCAGUUCAGCUUACGACGGCACUAUAAAAGUUUGGGACUUGCUUAAAGGCUAUUGCAUUAACACAAUCAUUUUCCACAGCAACUGCAAUGCUCUUUCCUUCAGCACGGAUGGACAGACCAUACUUUCUGGACAUGUUGACGGAAAUCUUCGACUAUGGGAUAUUAAAAGCGGAAAACUACUCAGCGAGGUUGCAGCACACUCACUUGCUGUCACAUCAAUAUCUCUUUCUCGAAAUGGAAAUGUUGUACUAACCAGUGGAAGGGACAAUUUGCACAAUUUGUUUGACAUGCGAUCUCUAGAAGUUAGUGGCACACUGAAAGCCGCCGGAAAUAGAGUGGCCUCCAAUUGGAGUCGCUCGUGUAUUAGCCCGGAUGAUAAAAAUGUUGCUGCCGGAUCAUCAGAUGGAUCUGUCUAUGUUUGGUCAGCAUCUAAAGCUGAUAUAGUCGGUACUCUGAAGGAACAUACUUCUUCUAUCCUUUGUUGUACAUGGAGUGGCCUCGGAAGACCCUUAGCUUCAGCUGACAAGAAUGGAGUUGUUUGUAUCUGGACCUAAGGAAGCUCUUUUUCUUUGAAUAUACUAGCUGGUUUGGAGAAAGUACGGUGAUGCUCAUUUGCUCAGGUUCAGAUUUAAUGAAUGAUUUACUUCAGUAAAUAGUUACACUUUAAAUUAGGACCAAUUUAGAUAUUCAUUUUUAACAGAAAAACAGUUGUGCUACUGCUACCCUCUAGUAAAUCAACUGCAAUGAAAAGUUUAUGAUCCACUAGUCUCUAAAUGGAAAAAUUUGUUAAAUCAAGUCUCAUACUGUAAUUAAUGUAAAAAUGGAUGAGGAUUAAUACAUUGGAUUAUCUUUUACUUUUACU